AUGGAUAGUAAGGAGGUGUUGGUGCACGUUAAGAACCUAGAAAAGAACAAGACUAGUGAUGCCACUGUUUUGGAGAUCCUGCGUGUCCUGGAUAAAGAAUUCGUCCCCACUGAAAAACUAUUGAGAGAAACAAAGGUUGGUGUGGAAGUCAACAAGUUUAAGAAGUCCAGUAAUGUGGAGAUCAGCAAGCUCGUGAAAAAAAUGAUCGGCUCUUGGAAAGAUGCCAUCAACAAGAAUAAGCGUUCCAGACAACCACAGCAACAACACCAUCAAGAGCAUUCGUCAGUUAGUAUGGAGAAUAAGACGCCUGCGAAUGGAUCUAUAAACGGGUCAGAACAACCUGCCUCUUCCCAACCAGACGCCACCAAGCAAGAAAAAUACGUCAGCACAAAGCCAAGAAAUAGUAAAAAUGAUGGUGUGGAUACAGCUUUAUACCACCAUAAAUUACGUGAUCAAGUAUUAAAGGCCCUUUACGAUGUAUUGGCCAGAGAUAGUGAGCAUCCUCCUCAAUCAAUUUUACACACUGCAAAGGCAAUAGAAAAUGAAAUGAAUAGAGUCAACAACUGCGAUACCAGUGAAGCCGCCUAUAAGGGCAGAUACCGUAUAAUUUAUUCAAACAUCAUAUCGAAAAAUAAUCCAGAUUUGAAACACAAAAUUGCGAACGGUGAUAUAGCGCCCGAGUUCUUAGCUACAUGCGAUGCCAAGGAUUUGGCGCCAGCGCCUUUGAAGCAAAAGAUAGAAGAAAUUUCUAAACGAAACUUAUAUAACGCACAAGGUGCCACUAUAGAAAGAUCAGUUACUGAUAGAUUUACAUGUGGUAAAUGUAAAGAAAAGAAGGUGUCCUACUACCAAUUGCAAACAAGAUCCGCGGAUGAACCAUUAACCACUUUCUGUACUUGUGAAGCAUGUGGUAACAGAUGGAAGUUUUCUUAG